UUUAUUAGUGUUUACAUCAGUUUUAUAUUGAAACUAUAGUGAAUAAGACCUGUUUGUAGUGAUGUUCGUUAGUCACAAGUGGUUAGUGCUGUGGUCUCUUUGGGCGGCCCGAUUUGUGCGACAACCGACACCAAUUCGUCAGUUGCAGGACGGAUCGCUUCUUCGAGGACAAUACUCCCCGGAUGGCACACAUCAACGGUAUUUCGGCAUACCUUACGCCAGUUCUGAAUUCAAGUACAGAUUUAAGGCUCCCGGUCCCGUACCAAAAUGGGAGGGUGUCUUCGAAGCUACUCGAGAGAAUAUAAGAUGUCCACAAGUGUACAAUAAUUACCUAUCGCUAGUGGUAGGACCAGAAGACUGUCUUGUUCUGAACGUGUAUACCCCAAACGACGCAUGGGAUGGCGUCCCCCUACCCGUUAUGGUAUUCGUACAUGGUGGGGGCUUCAAGGAAGGAUCGGGGUCAGCUCUACUUUACGGCCCCGACUACUUAGUCGCUAAAGGCGUAGUCCUCGUCACAAUUAACUACAGAUUAGCCAUCGGCGGCUUCGCAUGUCUCGGUAUCAAGGAAGCGCCAGGAAAUGCAGGAUUAAAGGACCAAGUAGCUGCACUUAAAUGGGUCCAAAAAAAUAUUCGAGCCUUCGGUGGAAACCCUGAUGAUGUCACGUUGUUUGGUGAAAGUGCGGGCGGUGCUUCGGUUUCUUACCAUCUGCUAUCACCAAUGUCUAAAGGACUGUUCCAUAGAGCUAUCAUACAAAGCGGGUCGUCUCUGGGAACGUGGACUAGACAGAGAUCCCCGUUAAAACUCGCCAGUGCUGUAGCAAAAGUUUUAGGACACAAUACUGAAGAGCCACACGAAUUAUAUAGAAUUUUUAAGAACACAGCUAUAAAUGAUUUAAUUGCUGCAGAUAUACCGAGGACUAAAGGACGGCUGAUGUUUGCACAUCUACCAUUCGUGCCGUGCGUAGAGAAGCCGCUAGAUGGCGUUGAACCAUUCAUAACAGAUACUCCUUAUAAUAUUUUAAGUAAAGGAAAAUUCAACAAAGUGCCUGUUAUUAUAGGUUCUAACAGCGAAGAAGGAUACAUGUUCGCUGUAAAAGAGACUGAUGAGACUUUGAAAAACAUUGACUUCGAAGUCACAUUAGAAUUAUUUGACUUAAAAUUCCCAUCUGAUGCUGUACGGAAAAAAGAGGCUGAAACUCUCAAGAAACUCCAUAUGGGUGAUGACGAAAUAUCCUGGGAAACGUUAGGAAAAUUGUCGAAAUUACAUGGAGAGCCGUAUUUUAAUAUACCGGGGCAUAUUGAGACAGGACUUAUAUUAAAGAGUAGUGACAAACCGGUAUACAAUUACCUAUUUAAGUAUGAUGGUCGGAGAAAUAUUCCAAAGAAAAUAAUGGCUGGACGGAAAUUUUCGAAAGCCCCUGGAGCUACUCAUGCUGACGAGUUGUUCUAUCUCUUUAGCUUGUUCCCAUUUUUGAAAAUGUUCGAAGACAAAAUGAUUGAGACUAUGACAACGUUGUGGACUAAUUUUGCUAAAUAUGGGACGCCUACUCCACAAGGCAGCGAGUUCAAGUGGCCUCCCACAUCCUUGACCUCACCAACUAGAUUGGAGAUUAAUGAGCCCCUAGCCAUCGCUCCAGCAACACUGUGGACGCCCACGUUACAAUACUGGGAAUAUUUGUAUGAUAAAUAUCGGGCAAAGGAUCUGUGAAUUUUGUUGUACUGAGGAUUUCAAUAACCGAUCCAUGUAUGUGUUGGGUUUUUCGAUUAGAGAUUGAAAUUUUCAUAUGAAGCUUAUGUCAAAAUUCAAUCUCAAACAGUGGAUAGAUGGUGAUUCAUCUAGUUUUUUUUGUGUGUUUAUUUUAUUUGAUAGUGUGUGUUCUGUAUGUGGCUGUGUGUUAUUUAAUAAUAAAAAAAUUCUUAUUUA